AUGAGACUUUUGAAAAGGAGUUUAUCUCGCCCCAUUCAUGAACUGAGCUGGUUUGUCAGAUGGAACCACUCCACAUUGUCGGUUAAUCCCACUACUUCCAUUCGCCACCCCAUCUCCGCCGUGCAUGCGGCUGAGCCUGCCAAAACACCCAUCAUUACCACCAAGAAGCCAACCGUGUCACCAUCGUCUUCCGCCGCUAAGUGGACUUUGGAGAGCUGGAAGACUAAGAAGGUUUUGCAGCUUCCCGAGUACCCUGAUGCAGCUGAGUUGGAGUCUGUGCUCAAGACUCUCGAGGCUUACCCUCCUUUGGUGUUUGCCGGAGAGGUCAGGAGUCUGGAGGAGCGCCUGGGGGAGGCAGCAUUGGGCAAAGCCUUCCUUUUACAAGGUGGGGAUUGUGCUGAGAGCUUCAAGGAGUUCAGUGCUAAUUAUAUUCGUGACACUUUCAGAAUUCUUCUUCAGAUGAGUGUUGUCCUCACUUUCGGUGGCCAGAUGCCUGUUGUUAAGGUGGGAAGAAUGGCUGGUCAGUUUGCCAAGCCAAGAUCAGAACCAUUUGAGGAGAAGGACGGAGUAAAGCUGCCUAGUUACAAGGGAGACAACAUAAAUGGUGAUACCUUUGAUGAGAAAUCGAGAAUUCCAGACCCUCAUAGGAUGAUAAGAGCCUAUUCCCAGGCUGCAUCGACCCUCAACCUUCUCCGAGCCUUUGCUACUGGAGGUUAUGCGGCUAUGCAGAGAGUGACUCAAUGGAAUCUUGAUUUUGUUGAGCACAGUGAGCAGGGAGACAGGUAUCAGGAACUGGCUCACAGAGUUGAUGAGGCCUUGGGGUUCAUGGAGGCUGCUGGACUUACCGUUGACCACCCUGUUAUGUCAACAACUGAAUUCUGGACUUCCCAUGAGUGCCUGCUAUUACCUUACGAGCAAUCACUCACUAGGAAGGAUUCAACUUCUGGACUCUAUUAUGGUUGCUCGGCUCACAUGCUUUGGGUUGGUGAACGCACCAGGCAACUAGAUGGCGGCCAUGUUGAAUUUUUGAGAGGAGUUGCUAACCCACUCGGUAUAAAGGUUAGCCAAAAGAUGGAUCCAAAUGAACUUGUUAAUCUGAUCGAGAUCCUGAAUCCCAUUAACAAGCCUGGAAGAAUAACAGUCAUAGUCAGAAUGGGUGCUGAGAACAUGAGAGUCAAGCUUCCUCACUUGAUCAGGGCUGUUCGCAGAGCAGGACAAAUUGUGACUUGGGUCUGUGACCCAAUGCACGGGAACACUAUCAAGGCACCUUGUGGGCUCAAAACACGUGCUUUCGAUUCAAUCUUGGCCGAGGUGAGAGCUUUCUUCGAUGUGCAUGAGCAGGAAGGCAGCUACCCCGGUGGAAUUCAUUUGGAAAUGACCGGGCAGAAUGUGACAGAAUGUAUUGGAGGAUCAAGAAAUGUGACUUACGAUGAUUUAAGUUCUCGCUACCACACACAUUGUGAUGCAAGCCUAAAUGCUUCUCAGUCUCUUGAACUCGCCUUCAUCAUUGCUGAGAAAUUAAGGAAAAANACACAUUGUGAUCCAAGACUAAAUGCUUCUCAGUCUCUUGAACUCGCCUUCAUCAUUGCUGAGAAAUUAAGGAAAAAGAGGAUGGCAUCUCAACGUCUCCCCUCUCUCAGCCUGUAG